CUGAUCGAUGCGAGCAUGUUGCUUCAUGGGAAUCCAGUUGUGAAAAAGAAGAAAGAUGUGAGCACAAGUCUGCGUGGCACUCUCGCUACCCUAGCCGAUGAGGAAGAUGCCAAGUCUCGUGCCUCCAAAUCCGAGGCAAUCCCACUUGUUGCGGGGAGGCAACACAAGGUCCCUCCCGUUGAUUAUUUGGCUCCCACUACUAGCAUUCCAUCGAUCUCGGAUGUGGGAUGGGCAUUAGUCGUAGUUCCAUCUUUGAUUUCCGAGAACCGUGAUUAUCUGAUAUCUUCCAAUCUCUUUAACUCGGUGGCGCGCUCUAUCGAAUCUCACACCGCGGGUCUAAUGGAUAUCAUCACUGCCUUUCAAGGGAUAGAUCGCCAGCGCGAGGGGCUCCUGCACCAAGUUGACGAGGCUCAGUGUCGGGCGAACGCGGCAGAGGCUACCCUGUCCGAGCUUCAAUUGAAGUAUGGCCUGCUACAGUCAAAGUAUGAUCAACUAGAAGCAUCAUCUACAUAUGCGGGACGUCAGGCAGUUGCGGCAUUCCAAACUUCCCCGGAGUUCUUACAGAUUAUGACUUCUAGAAUGGAAAGUCACCGAUCGGAACAUGUUCGAUCAUGGCUGGAAACUCAGGAGGGUCGGCUUUGGCGGGCUAAAGAAGUUCUCCUGUCUUUUAGGUGCGGCCGAUACGACAUGCAGAAGACUGUACGACAGGCUGGCGGAACUGUACUCCGACUUCCAUCCUGCAAAGUUUGGUUUGCCCGAGAUCAUGCCGGACCCUGACGAGGAGGAGGAGAAGCAUGCUAACGAGUUGUCCCUUCAGCACCUAGA